AUGUUUAUAAAUAAAUAUACUGUCCACGAUAUCACCUUAGAUGAUACUUCUAUUCUUCAAGUCUACGAUAUUUCUGUUAUACAGACACAUUUGAAAUCUUCUUUAGAUCUUACACUUUUAGAAAAGAUUCUCAUUAAUAUUGGAUACAGUAUAAAUAGUGCACCAUUAUUUAAACAAUAUCUUAGUAUUUUAGUAAAAUUGCCAGAUGAAAAUACUAAAAUAGAAAAAAUAAGAAAUACUUUCUUUUUUAUUAUUCAGAUUCCUAUGCACGGUCUUCAUGAGCUAUAUAAUGAUUAUGAGGAAUUUGAGAUGGACACCAAUAAAAUUCAGGGAAAGAAGAUUCUACAAGAAUCUUUUCAUAUUUAUCAGAAUACACUUUCGGUGUACAAUCAGGUUAAAAAAGGUAAAGAUAUUUUAUAUGAGAUGGAAAAUCCCCUUAAACUUAACGAAGAAGAACUUUUUAAAAGAAUUAAUUUUUUGUAUAAAGAGGCAUUAUAUUUUAAUCCUAAAGACGAGGAGGUGUAUUUUCUGUAUAGUGAAUAUUUAAUAAAAAAUAAAAGGCUUGAUGAUGCACGCAAAGUUGUGGAACUAGGUAUAAAGAAUGUUGCUGGCAUUUUUCUAAAAAUUUAUUAUUACAGCAGGGGAUUACAAGAAAAUCUAGAAUUAUUUAGUAUUAGUGAUUUAUCAUCAACAAAAUUUAUUGAUGAAUCAAUACCACAGUAUUCAUAUGUUCUUGUUAUGAAUUAUUUGACACUUAUUCUUAAGAAAGAAGGCCUUUAUAAAUUUCGGAAAGAAUUUAUAAAUUACAAAAUUAAAGGACUCCUUAAUGACAUUAUUUAUAAAAAUAUAGCAGAUUAUGAAUUUAUCUAUUCUAAAGAUAAAGAUAUAGUUACUAAAAUUUAUACUUGCGGUAUAGAAGAUACAGAUAGUCAAUAUUUAAAAAAUGAAUUAAUUAAUUUUUUAUUAAGAAUUAAUGAUUAUAAUAAUGCGCAGAUGUUUUCAAAGAAGUAUAAUAUUGGUCACAGUAAGUUAUUAGAAUAUGAAUAUAAAUAUGGCACUGACUAUUACAAUAUGUUAGAUCAUAAAAAUAAUUAUUUGGUUGAUACCAUUUUACAACCUGUUGAAUGUAUUACACCAUAUGAGAUAACAAAAAUAAAUAUGUCAUAUAGAAUGAAUAUUGAAAUCAGAAAAGAUGUACAAGAGUUUAUUAAUAGCAUAAAUUACAUUAAAAGAGGGGACAAUUUAUUAAUUAAUUGUAAUAUUGAUAAAUUUAUUGAUAUUUUUACUAGAAUUAAUUUAUAA